AUGGAUGCUCAAUUUGAAAUUUCAGCCGAUAUUAUUGAAAUUAUUGAAUAUGUCAACAAAAUAAUGAAGACUACAGGCAAAGAAAUAAGUAGUACAAUUGGUGUCAUUGAUAUUCUUAUAGAAAAAGGAUACUUACAUCCAAAUAACAUUUAUCAAAUUUUAUCAAUGAUGGUUUCCAUAGAUUAUAGAAAUUUAGAAGUAGUUUCACAGAUAUUUUCUAGAAUUAUGGAUAAAUAUAGUUUUAAUUUUUCGAAGAAUGAUUUAUCACCAACAUUAUAUGCCGCAUUAGUUUCCUUGAAUAAGAUAGAAGCUCCAGAAUUGCCUCAACUCAAAUUUGAUCAACUUUUAAAUUUAUUUAAAAAAGAUUCUUUAAAUUAUAUUAUAAUGAAUGAUGAAAUCAAUCGCCUUCAAGAAUAUUGCACUGCAUUUAAUGAAUCCGACUAUAAUAUGAAAAUAGCUGACGAAGAAACUUUAAUUGAUUGGGCCGCACGCUAUGGAAGCGUGAACUGCUUUAAUUAUCUGAAAUCAAAAGGUGCAAAAAUUACUGAAAUAACAUUUUCUCUUGCAUUUUUAUCAGGAAACAUGGAAAUUAUUAAAAUUAUCGGGAAAAUAUUAAAAGCAACAAAAUUAUGCGUUAAAAAUGCAUGUAUAUUACAUCAAAAUCAUACAAUAGAUUAA